UGCUAAAUGCUGUUAAAGUGUCAUAUUUGCAACCGUAUCAAAACAAGUUUUUGAAAUGCAAUUUCAAAUAUAGUAAUUCAUUUCUACACUUCUAUUUUUUAGUAUUUUUAUAUAAAAUGUAUCAAUCACAAGGAAUGAGUUGCAACACCUUAAACUUAGAAAAUAUAACUUUGUUAGAUAAAUUUUCGUUACAGGAAUAUAAAGAAUCUCUUUCCAAAUCUUCCAACAUAACUUCGAAUUUGUUAUCGAAAGAAGUAUGGGAUAAAAAUACCAAUAAUUUAGAUGAACGUACUAUGAAUUACAUUCUAAGUGCGAGUAAGGAAGUUCUUAAAAACCCGAAUAAUGAUAUAUCUAAUACAUGGAAGUCAGAUUUGAGCAACAUCGAUCCACUCCGCAUCUUCCAGAGCUCAUUACGGAAUUGUGAUAAAUGUACUUAUAUUGAAACCAAUACUACCAAUACCUCGAUAGGCAUAAGUUGUCAAUGUGAUUAUAACCAGCAUUACAAUGAUAACACCAGCCUCAAGCCACUGCACAGGGAGUCAAGUCAGGAUUCCAGAUCAUGUGGUGAAAGACUUUUAUUCAAACCCACAUUCACUCGCCCUCGGGUCAAGAGACCCAUCGAUGCGUCUAAGAGUGUACCAAAUUGCAAUGGACCCUCCGAAAUGGACGUCGAUCCGAAGCCCGUUCCUACAGGUGAAGCUGCUGAUGAUGAAGAGAGAGCUCACAAGAGUAACGUGGCCAAAAUAACUUUUAAGACCGCCAAGGAAGCUCUGCUGUCGUCAAACCCAGCUGCCAGGCGAACACUGGGAGCGUCGAGGAAGGCUCAGGCGAAAUUCAUUUCACCAAUGCUCGGAGCACAAGAAAAACAGGAGCUCGCGGAACCGGCUGUCGGCGAUGAUCGGCUUCGGAAUAUCGAUCCGAAAAUGAUUGAACUCAUAGAAAACGAGAUCAUAGACAAGGGAACGCCCGUCGGAUGGGAGGACAUAGCCGGUCUGGAGCACGCCAAGUCCGUGAUCCAGGAGGCGGUGGUGUGGCCUCUCCUCAGACCCGAUAUCUUCACGGGCCUGCGGAGACCGCCGCGCGGUAUCCUGCUCUUCGGGCCGCCCGGCACUGGCAAGACACUUAUAGGUAAAUGUAUAGCGUCCCAGUGCAAGGCGACCUUCUUCAGUAUCUCCGCCUCCUCGCUGACCUCCAAGUGGAUCGGGGACGGGGAGAAGAUGGUCAGGGCGCUGUUCGCUGUGGCGAGGUGCCAUCAGCCAGCCGUGGUGUUUAUGGACGAGAUCGACUCCCUGCUGAGCGCUCGAGGGGACUCCGAGCACGAAGCCUCCCGCCGCAUCAAGACAGAGUUCCUGGUGCAGUUCGAUGGAACCAACACCGGUGAAGACGAGCGUCUGUUGGUCGUGGGCGCCACCAACAGGCCGCAGGAGCUAGACGACGCGGCGCGGAGAAGACUCGUCAAACGACUAUACAUACCGCUACCCGGCUUGGAGGCGCGCCAUCAAAUAAUUUACAAUCUGUUGUCCCGCGAGCGUCACAGUCUAUCGUCCAACGACAUGCGGCUAGUGUCGGAGCAGUGCGAGGGUUACUCCGGCGCGGACGUGAGGUCGCUGUGUGCGGAGGCCGCCAUGGGACCUGUGAGGGCCCUCACUGACAUCACCUCUAUCAGCGCCAGCCAGGUCCGCCCGGUCAAUGUUCAAGAUUUCCAAUCGGCGCUGCAGAGAGUGCGGCCCAGCGUGUCCCAGGAUGACCUCGGGCAGUACGUCAAGUGGAACGAGACAUACGGACACGGAGCUUAAUGGAGUUGGUGCUCGACAAUAAAUUACUUUGAAGACUUUAAA